AAAAGCUGACGGCGCAAAGAGUUUUCAUUUAAUCACGAACAGGUUAAGGUCAUGCGAGCCUGAAAUAUGAAAAAUUAAAAUAACAAGGUCUUAAGAGUGUCUAUGGUGUUAGACGAUGUCGUCAAUAUACGUGCUUGAACCGCCGACGAAGGGGAAGGUGAUAGUGAACACGACCUACGGGCCACUGGACAUUGAGCUUUGGCCUAAAGAGGCCCCAAAGGCUGUCAGGAACUUCGUCCAGCUUUGUCUUGAAGGCUACUACGAUAACACCAUCUUUCAUCGUAUUAUCAAGGGCUUCCUUAUCCAAGGCGGUGACCCCACCGGCACCGGCACUGGUGGCGAUAGCAUAUAUGGAAGUCUUUUUAAGGAUGAGUUCCAUUCUCGCCUAAGAUUCAACCACAGGGGAAUAGUGGCAUGUGCAAAUGCUGGUUCCCCGCAUUCAAAUGGGAGUCAAUUCUUCAUCUCCUUGGAUAAGUGUGAUUGGCUCGAUCGGAAGAAUACCAUUUUUGGAAAGGUGACUGGAGAUUCAAUAUAUAACCUUUUGGCCAUUGGUGAGGUUGAAACUGAUAAGGAUGACCGGCCACUAGAUCCAGUCCCAAAAAUCAAAUCAGUUGAGGUAUUGUGGAACCCUUUUGACGAUAUUGUUCCAAGAAGAACCCCCAAGCUUUUGACCCAAUCUGCAACAGAAUCUGAAAAUAAAGAUUCAAAGAAGAAAGCUGUGAAAAAGUUGAAUUUGCUUUCAUUUGGGGAAGAAGCUGAAGAAGAGGAGAAGGAAUUAGCAGCUGCAAAACAAAAAAUCAAGAGUAGUCAUGAUGUAUUGGAUGAUCCUCGCCUCCUAAAGGAAGAUCAUCUGAACCCAUCUGAUGCAAAAGCAACAAGGGAUCUGCAAUUAUCUGUGAGAGAAGCAUUAAGCUCAAAGAAGGAGGCGCCACUGAAAGAUUCAGGUGCUGAAUUUUCUAAUAGUGGUGGCGAUGAUGAUGAAGAUGAAAAUGAGGCGAAUUUUGAUGCAAGAAUGCGCCAACAAAUACUCAGAAAAAGAAAUGACCUGGGAGAUCUCCCGUCAAAGCAAAAGCAAAAGCAAAAGCAAAAUGGAAGCGUGGACCCAAAAGACCAUCAAAUUUCUCCCCCUAGUCCUAAAAGCACUGAUGAUGACCAGCCAAGAGUAGAAAAGCUGUCACUGAAAAAAAAAGGAAUAGGAUCUGAAGCCAGAGCUGAACGCAUAGCUAAUGCAGAUGUAGACUUACAGCUAUUCAAUAAUGCUGAACGAGAAAGACAAUUGCAAAAACAGAAGAAGCGCAGACUUCAAGGACGGGAGGAGGAUGUUUUAGCGAAACUUGAUAAGUUUAAGAAGAGUAUUUCUGCAAAGGCUAAUACUUCAAAUAGUAAGUCUGAAGGAGGUUACAAAGAGGAUUUGUCUGACUGGAGUAAUGUCCGCUUAAAAUUUGUUCCGGAACCUGGCAAGGAUCGUAUGUCUCGCAAAGAUGACCCAAAUGACUAUGUUGUCCAUGACCCUCUUUUGGAGAAGGGGAAAGAGAAAUUUAACCGGAUGCAAGCCAAGCAAAAGAGAAGAGAACGGGAAUGGGCUGGCAAAUCUCUUACUUAGUUUUUGUCUCUGCAAAUGAUGCGGGUUUCUCUGACACAAUGAAACUAUGAGUUGGUUUUGUGGUUCCACCUUGUCUUUUACUAUGUAUUUUAGGCUAUCAAGUGUGAAAAAUUACCCAAUCAUGCUGGAAAAAUCCCAAGAAAUUGAGGAAGUUGGAUGUGCAUUGUUGACCAAUAUUUCAUUCCUAUACUUCACAGUCCAUUUUGAUUGGGAAUAGCAUCUUUACCGUAAACGAAGUUACUCCACAAAGGCAUCUUGCCGUCAUCUUUGGUAUUGUGCUCUCACUGUUUCUUGCCUUCUUUUUAAUAUAUACUGCCUAAUUAAUUUCUGAAAGGGUACUGUUCAUUGUACAUCAUCUAUUAAAUAUGGCACAAAUCAGAAUGUGUUUCAAGAGUCAAAUUGUUUACCUGAAUAUUUGUAGUUAGUCUAGUCGAUAUGAUUUUCA